AUGGAGGAGUCAUCGCCAUCAUCAUCAUCAUCAGCAACAAUGUUAAAAUUGACUGCAUCCAAUUACUCCAUUUGGAAGCCAAGAAUGGAGGACAUCCUUUACUGCAAGGAUUUGUAUGAGUCCCUUCAAUUGUUGGGACAAAAACCAGAAGGGAAGUUAGACGAUGCAUGGAGCAUCCUGAAUAGAAAAGCUAUCGGACAAAUCCGACAGGUGGAUCAAAGUGUGUUCCACCAUGUGGCAUAA